AUGCAAGCAUUUUCAUCGCUUUCAAGAACAAAGAGCCCUUGUCAGAAAAGGAAAAAGCUAGAUGAUCGAAUGGGCCUCAAAGGCUUAUGGUGCCUUCAUGGAGGCUCUUGGGAUCGAUUACAAGAGUGCCUGCACACCGUGGACACGCCACUCAGAGUUUCCAGGCUAUGGGUCAGCGACAUUGCAGCCUCCUUCUAUGCGCCUCCUCCACGGAUCACCACCUUCGAUAACACCCGGGGCUAUGGGGAUCUACUUUUCCGUGGCCCAAUCCCCAUCAAGUCGAUCUGCUCCCACCACCACUCUCCUUUUGUGGGGGAAGCUUACAUAGCGUACAUUCCGCAGAGGGAGGGGAGGACAGUCGGCCUGAGCAAUCUGAACCGCAUUGCAAAGUUCUACUCCCGAAUGCCUCAGUUGUAA